AAAUAAUUGAAUUGCAUCAUAACAUUAAAGAAGAUAUUGUUUUUGUUUGAUCAAUAAAGAAUAAUUAAUUCUUUAUUAGUAGCCUUGUAGUAGUCCUUUCCUUCUGUCAAACUGAUAAGGUUGUAAUUUGAUCGGUGUUACUUUGUUACUUUUUCUUGUUCAUACUGAGUGAAUAUGGGAGACAUGGAUGUAGAAUAUUCCACUGCGCAAAACGACGUGAUAUUCGAGGCCCAUGAGAAUGCUCCGUUCGGGAUCGAAACGGCAGCUGAGGCUGCCCCUGUGCCGCUUUCACCGGUUCAAAUACAGCAAGAAUACUUUGAGAAUCUGCCUGAUUGCGACUGGGUGAAGUAUGAACUGCACAAUAGAAACUAUUUGCUCCAAAACAUGGCAUUUGCCUUAUUUGGUAGUCCAAGCACGGAAGGCGAGCUAAGUGAAGUGAGGAAUGAAAGCGAUAUCCAUCUCGAGGGCUACACACACCGGCAAAAGGAACAGGUCAUGAGGGUGUAUGAGAAGGUGUGCGAUCAGAGCAAAUACACUCAAAACGAUGAAGAUGUGAUGAUAUCAGUACUUCUAAUAGUAUGUGCCAGACCAAAACCAGUGAAGUUCUACCAGAUUACACCAUCCAACCACUGGUUAGAUCUGCAUCAGAAGACCGACAGUGAAAUAUGGUGCACAGCUGUGUUUAGAGUAAGGAAAUGUAUUCCACAAACUGUUGGUGCCAAAUCCUGUAAAGUAUUUAUCGACGAGGAUGCUCGAGUAUACCAGGACUGGGAGUCUUAUUUGCUCAACAACACGCAACCUAAAUGUGUCCUUAUAGUGCCUGAGAAUGGAGAAUAUGAUGGGACUAUUAUUGAGGGAGGUGACCGAACAUUCGCAGUGAAACUCACAGUAGCACCGUCUCCCACACUCGGCAUCAAAGCGAAAGUGCUCAGUACAGUCGAUACAGCAAGCACCGUAGCUUCCAUCGGCGCUAUAGGCGUGCUCGGUGUGGCCGCGUUCACACCUGUGGCCCCGGUCGUAUUGGCCGGGGCUGCUGUGGCCACAGUUUCUACUUGCUUGUACGGGCUUGUGAGGUCGUCACUGCAUUUGCACGAUCGAAGUUCACAUGAGCAGAGUAUCAGCCCCACGGACGCAGAAGCCCGGGGCAGCUGGAUAAAUAUUGCUGCAUCGAGUGUGGGGCUGGCAGCCGGCGCCGCGUCCAACCUGCUGGCGCGCUCGGCCGCCGCGGGAACUAACAUGACAAAGACCGGACAAGCUCUGGCGGUGUCUGUCGAGGUGCUUCGUCAUGCGAACCUGGUGACCGGCGGCGCAGGUGUCGUCAACAGUCUUGUGCACAUCAUACUUAAAUACCACCAUGGAGAGCAGCCGACGAAACUGGAGUUGUUCCAGUUCACAGCAGCAACUCUGUUCUUCUGCCACGCCGUCAUGUCCAACAAGACGGCGCAGAGCAUCAUAGAAGACGCCCAGGCUAAGGCCAUCAACGAAUAUCGGUCUACACUCAGGAGUAAUAGACACAGGAAAAUCUUUGACAAGCUGAGCGCCGAAUCUCGCCGAGUGGCGGGCACCGUCCAAGGCAACACGGAGGUGAUCCGCGGCAUCCAGAGCAUCGGCGACAAGGACCAGUACUUCGCGUCCGUCCUCAAGAUCAACAAGGACAUCAACACGCACAAACUCCGCAUCUCCAUGACCGCUGACGGACAAGUCAACUUAAACGCCCAGCACAAAUUCAACCCAGCAGACCUUAGCAUGCUGGAUCCCAAUGGUAGGAGCCAAUUGUUCAACUCCCUAGGCCCUGACACGCUACUAGCCAAAAAUGUUUCUACAAAAUUAUCCACACCAAUCACAGCCACGGGAGGCUAUCUUGAUAACCAAGAAGAGGAAAACAACAACCUUCUAGUCGGCAUACAUCCUGGUGAAGUGCUACGCAUUGGUACGUAUUUAGUACGCAUCAGCGCUUCAGGCACGCAAAAUAUAGCGAAACUCCUAGAGGAUUUAAGCCAGGACAUAUACGCGAAUCUUAUGACUGUAGCAUUUAAUAUUCUUUCUAAUCUCUUACCGAAUGAUAUAGCCAGGCUCCGACUCUUGAGUCCUGAUGAGGAUUUGGUCAUGCAGAUCGUCAAUUUCGUCUUCAAUUAUAUGAAACAUGAGAGGCCUUUAGGCGACCCGUGUGCGGAAAACGACAAUGGUAUCAUUUAUGUUUUGAAAGAGUUCUUCCAAGAAGGAAGGGUGCGCCAGGAUGUCAUUCUCCUGUUGAAGGAUCGUCUGAUGACGUGGGUCGAAGAAGAGAUUGAUGCUAGAGCGCAAAGGUUCCCAAAUAAGAAGCAAAUCAUUUGUGACCUCUGUCAAGGUAUUCGGUUUGCGUAGAUCGUAGAUUAUGCAAACAGCAAGCGUGAUGCUUACAUACUUUUUUUUAUUUAAAGAUACA